AUCGUAUGAAGAUACCUUCUGACUCUGUGUGCUCUGUCAGACCAAUGGAUCAAAAAGAAGAACAUCCCAGACCCACAGCUGAAAACCCAGAGCAGGACAAGACAAAUAAUCAGAUCCUCUCCCAAGAUCCAGAGGGGAUGGACAAUGCCUCUUCUGACCCGUCCAUGUGUCUCUGUGACACUUGUGGCUGCAGGCACAGAGUGGGGCAAAUGUGUGAAACUUGCAAAGAGAUCUGCCACUACAGAGAGAGUGUCCAUGGCAGGUCACUGGUCCUGGAGACUUCACCAGAAUUUUGGACACACAGUGAAACCCUAAAACCUGUCAAGAAACGCAGGCCCAAAGAGUAUCAAAGUCUAGAGGAGUCAGAAGGCGAAUUAACGAAGAGAGAACAGAAGAUAACAGGAGACCAUGAAGAAUCCAGUGUGGGCCAUCAAGAGAUGGAGGAGUGGAACCAGAGAGACAUCCAGGUUUCAGGUGAUGAGCUAGUAGAUUCCUGGACUUGGACUUCACAUAUAGAAGAACAGAAAUGUAUGGCUGCUCCACUUAAUCUGUUUAGAGAAUGGCAGUUGGGGACACAUCAUAAGAACUUGUUUAAAGUAGGAAUGAAGCUUGAAGGGACAGAUCCUCAUCAUCCUUCAAUGUAUUUUAUACUGACAGUUUCUGAGGUGUGUGGUUUUCGGAUAAGGCUGCAUUUUGAUGGGUAUUCCGAAUGCCAUGAUUUUUGGGUGAAUGCAGAUUGUCCUGAUAUUCACCCUGCUGGCUGGUGUGAGAGGACUGGACACAAAUUACAGCCUCCCAAAGGGUACAAAGAAGAAGAAUUCAUUUGGACAAACUACUUAAGGCAGACUAAGGCUCCUGUUGCCCCAAAGCAUCUGUUUGCAACCCCCAGAACAGCAUCAAUGCCUUCCCUGUUUCAUGUGGGUAUGAAGCUAGAAGCCGUAGACAAAAUGAAUCCUUCUCUGAUCUGUGUGGCCAGCAUCACAGAUGUCGUAGAGGACCGUUUUCUUGUUCACUUUGACAACUGGGGUGACACCUAUGAUUACUGGUGUGACCCCAGCAGUCCAUAUGUUCAUCCUGUGGGUUGGUGUCAAGAGCAUGGGAAGCCUCUCACUCCACCUCAAGAUUAUCCAGACCCAGAUCAUUUCACAUGGGAGAGAUACCUCGCUGAAACUGGAGCUACAGCAGUGCCAGCACAAGCUUUUCAGAUGCACCCUCCACAUGGUUUCAAGGUCAACAUGAAGCUGGAAGCAGUGGAUAAGAGAAGUCCUUCUCUUAUCAGGGUUGCGUCUGUGGUGGAUGUGGAGGAGUACAGGAUAAAGGUUCACUUUGAUGGUUGGAGCCACCUGUAUGAUUUCUGGAUGGAUGCUGAUCACUCAGAUCUGCAUCCUGUGGGCUGGUGCCAGAGAACCGGACAUCCCCUGCAGACUCCUAUACGGCAUCAGGAUAUACACAGCAUGUCCCCAGAAACCUGCGUUUCCCUCAGUUGCAAGGGGAUGUCUCACUCACGGAGCAGCAAAUAUGGCUUUCAGCACAGGAAGUGCCCUACUCCAGGAUGUGAUGGCUCAGGGCAUGUUACUGGCAGGUUUACUGCCCACCACUGUUUGUCCGGCUGUCCUCUGGCUGAACGGAACCAACAACCACCCCGUAGUAGGAAUUCCAUCCCAUUUACACCACGCAGAAAAUCCCGACACCAUGGCAGGAUUGGACGCCCUCCCAAAUACCGGAGGGUCCAACAAGACAGUUUCAAGGACACGGUGCAUCAAUCCCUCUUUAUGUCUGCUCUGUCUGUGCACCCGGAUCGUGCACUAGCUCACUGCUGGGAGCAACACUGCCGUCUUCUGCCUGGGGUGGCUGGAAUCAGUGCCAGAACUGUGUCCAAGUGGAGCACAGAAGAGGUUUUUAGUUUUAUACAGACAUUGACAGGAUGUGAGGACCAGGCCAGGCUGUUCAGAGAAGAGAUGAUAGAUGGAGAGGCUCUCCUGCUUCUCACGCAGACGGAUAUAGUAAAAAUACUAUGUAUUAAACUUGGACCAGCUGUCAAGAUUUUCAAUUCUAUCCUCAUGUUUAAAAACACAGAAGAGUUCAUGGACUGA